AUGAAAUUGAUUCAUGUAUUGGAUUCUCGUGUUCACCUCCCAGUCUGCGGAAAACGCAUAAUCGAUGUUGUUGUCCAUACAAAAGAGAAGUCGGCGAAUCAACAGGUUAAACUUUAUAUUGUAUCCAAUAAUGUGAAUAAUAAGAAUAAGAAUACUUCAGAGCAGUUUAAAGCAAACACAAGUGAUAUCGAUUCAGAUGUUGAUGGUGAUGAUGAUAAUGAUAAAAGUUGUGCCAAGAAUACAGUAUUUUUGAAAAGUCUUAACGAUGUCUCUGGGGAAAAAACAAUUGAAAAAUAUCGAUUUCACCUAUCUCCUGUCAGUUUUACUCUAGAAUUUGAUCAGAUUAAAGAUGCUUUAGAAUUUCGUAAACAGCUUCUCAAUUUAUCUUCAAUGAAAUUAUCUGAACUUGAGGACAUGUCUACAAUGUAUGAAGUUGGUCAAGAAGCUUUAACCACUCUCAAUACUUCUUCUUCUACAUCUUCUUGUAUUACUACUUCCACGUCGGAAGAAUUAUUUUGGUUAAAGAAAUAUUGGGAAUCUGUUAGUCAGUCAUCAUUGUCACUGUUGAAUACUUCAUCUCCGUUAAAUGUGACUGCGAAUACUACUACUACUACUACUGAAGUCAAUGGUGAAAGUGUGCAUCAUUCUUCUAUUGUAUCGAAGUCCACCCCUUAUUCAGCAACGAAUGUGUCCAUUAGCAAUGAAAGCAUUACUACUACUACUACUACUACACCUAUUAGUCCACUUGUUAAUAUGUCUGAUACUAAACCGUCACAAUUGUCUGAAAUUGAGCAAUUGACAAAUGGUUAUACUAGUAGUACGCAUAGUAGUGAUAGUAAUAAACACAGCUUCUCUGAAAAGCAUUCAUCAUCAUUAUCAGCAUCAUCAACACCAUCAUCUAAUCUAUGUCAUUCUAAAUCAUCUAGUACACUGCAUCCAUUGAAAUCAUCUCAUCCACUUGAAGAAUUGUCUACUUGUAUUAUUGACCAACAAUUAAUGAAAGCUGAAGAAAAAGAUUUGAUGAAUUCAUCUUUGACUAAUUUAGAUAUAGAUGUGUCGAAUAAAUCGUCAUCUGGUACAGUAAAAUUAUCGCAUAGUUGUUUGGAUCUCACUUCCAAUAUCUACGAUAGUCAGCCGAAUAAAAGUAAAGAGUAA